AUGGGCAGCGUAAUUACUGAUGGUAAUUAGCCCCCUCCACCGCCCUUCUGGAGGGGGCUAAUUAGUCCUCUUCUGCCACUGUCUGGCUAUUUAUUAAAGUCCUCCUCCUCUACCGGGGAGGAACAGUCACCCUUUCCACGCGAGGCUUUAGGGGGAAAUAGGCAAGGAGGGGCUCUCAGAAUUGGUCAAAGGAGAAAGCGGACCGACUCAAAGCACGGCUGGGCUGGGCCUCCCACAAUGUAUCUCAAGCCACCCGGAGUGGACCCCCGAGUAAAGUCGAUCUCUGGCCCAAACAGAGUGCCGGGGGGAUCGGUGGCAAAGGAAAGAGAGCCGCCCUGCGUGCUCCUGGGCUUGGCUCCUAUGGCCAGAGGACUGUACCGAAGGCUGCCUUUUCCCCGGAUCUGGGGGAAAGCCCCAUUGAACUGGGUGGAAUUUAUUUUCAGAUAAAUACGGCUGCAAGAGUUGUCACAAGGGAUAUAUGCGUGGCAUUAGAGUAAAAACGUUAAGAACUGUGGAAGUGUAGAAUCUCGGUUUUUAAAAACAAAUAACUGGGGGGAGAGAUGACCUUAGCAGUAACUUUUCCUAAAUGUGCUCUUUAAAAUGCAAUCUGUAUAAAACUUUCCACUGUUUUAAACGAAUGUUUGAGGAUGGUUUUCUCUCUCUGUUGGAUGCCUGAAUUCUAAAGAUGGAGAACCAGCAAAAUUCAAGCCACCUCCAAAGCCAGUCAUUGUUGAUGAAUCAAAGCAUCAUGUAGCGGAGAAACGAUUCUUGAGUCCAGAAUUCAUCCCUCGCCAGCAAAGAAUAGAUCCUCUAAUGUUCUACGUUGAAAGAAGAGAUAUGGUGCAGAGGAGAAAAGUAAUUAAUAUUCCAGAAUUUUACGUUGGCAUCCAGGAUGUCCAGAGAGCCAUACACCUACUACAGGCCCAUGGGUUCAUCAUCAACCUUCAGAAGACCCACCUCUGCCCAUCUCAGUCUCUUCUACACCUGGGAGCCCUCUUCAAUACCUCUCUGAGCUCUGUCCCCCUGCCCCUAGAACACAGGGUGAAGAUUGCAUCCAUCAUAUCCCCUCUGCUAGGGAAGUCCUCAGUGGAUCUCAAGCUCCUGGCCCAAAUCCUGGGCUCCAUGAUUGCCUGCCUGGAAUGCACCCCUUGGGCCAGAUGGCACUCCUGCAUUCUUCAAUGGCACCUACUUCCCUUCCAAGACAUCAUCUCAUCUCUUGCACGCACAAGGGGUUACGUCUUCCACUCAAGCUCCACCUCUCCCUUUGCUGGUGGGUGUCCCCGGCAAUGCAGCAGGUCUUCCUCUGACACCCCUUUCUCACAUCAAAUCUGAUGCCAGCCUCUCCGGCUGGGGGGCUCACUGUCAUAAUCGCUACACUCAGAGCAGAUGGAGCACACUGAAAUGAAAGAACACAAAUUGGCUGGAACUGCGAGCAAUUCCAAAGCCUGGCACUACUGCACUUCUUACUGGUCAUCCAGAAUCACCACAUACUCGUCAGGACGGACAACGUGACAGUGAAGUCACAUGUAAACAGUCAGGGCGGCACAAGAUCUCACUCCCUCGUGGCAGUAUCCUCCCUCCUGUUCAUGUGGGUGGAACAAUACCUCUGAUCUAUAACAGUGGAGCAUUAUGCAGAUGAUGCAGUAAUUUUAUCUCGGACUCCUGUCGGCCUCCGUAGAGCGCUUUGCUCUCUGGCUAAUUUUUGCCAUGAAUACGCUCUGGAAAUCAAUUAUAGCAAGACCAAAAUUAUGGCCUUUGCUAAACACCCAAAGACCUUGAAAUGGUCUUUGGCUGGACAUAAACUAGAACAGGUUAAGACCUUUAAAUAUCUAGGGGUUGUUUUCCAGGCCUCUACGAAAUGCCAAGCACAUCUGCAAUAUGUUACCCAAAAUGCACGUAAAUCGGCAUUGGCCAUUCAAUCAUAUUUCCACCAAGAUGGGGCUCAAUUUGUACCAGCCGCCCUUAAGUUAUUUACAGCUAAAACCUGCUCGAAGUUGCUUUAUGGGUCGCAGUUGGGCCCGUAUACUAACUGCACUCCACUAGAGAUAGUUCAGACAAAGUUUCUGAGAUCUUUUCUACAGAUCCCUAGAUGUGUUCCCAAUGUAAUAUUGAGGAUGGAAACUGGCAUGCCUAAGAUGGAAGCCCGGAUGUGGUUUUCCAUUCUCAGCUUCUGGUUGAGAUUGUCUUUCUUUUCUACAGGCCUUGCUCACUUAAUUUUUAUUGAUAAAUUUAAUUCUAGCUGGAAGCAGUCAAUAUCUUGCCAAAUAAGUUUAUAUGGCUUUAGCCUGGAUGGUCUAUUAGAAAUGGGUUUUUGUCACGCGAGACUGAUAUUAAAGGAGCGGAUCUAUGAUAUGGAAAUGCAGACUGAUCGAUCUUUAAUCUCUAAAGAAGUUUUCCUAGGUUUACAAAUGUAUAAUACUAAACCUGCGAAUUACCUGGGUAAGAUUACUAUCACUAAAUAUUGCAGGAUGUUUACAUUGGCCAGAUUUAAUGUGCUACCUUCAGCUGAAUUAGAAGGUAAAUUUAGAGGGAUCCCAAAAGAACAGAGACUAUGUCCUUGUGGCUCUGGAGAACAGGAGUCUAUCUUCCAUAUCUUACUCUGCUGUCUUUUUUAUAGGGACUUACGAACUUGUUAUAUUUCCUCCUUACUGACUGAUUUCCCAGGGCAUACAGAUGCAUUUUACGUCAACUAUCUGCUCUCAGAUCAGAAGGAGGAAGUAACAUUUAAAGUUGCUAAGUUCUGUGAGGCAGCUAAGAAGGCUAGACAACAGAUGGUAAAUCAGAUUAUGCUAACGGGAAAUUGCUGAUUAGGAUGAGUCCAUGUUCCUGAUUAUAUUAUGUAUAUAUUAUUACUAUAUUACAUGUAUUAUUAUGUAUGUAAAUUUUGGUCUAUGACCGUAAAUAAACAUGACUAUGACUAUGACUAACAGUGGAGCACUUGUGGAAUUGUCCAUCAGAGGGUGGACUGGUUUGGCCUCCAGACCAUCAACCCAGCGGAGUGGUCUCUCAAUCUUCAUGUCUUCCAACAUCUGACCAGAGCACUGGACACUCCCACGGUAGACUUGUUUGUGACAUCCCGCAAUUGCCAGCUUCCAGGGUUCUACUCCAGGUUUCCGUCUCCCCAAGCGGAAGCAACAGACGCCCUAGCAGCCCCUUGGCUCAAAGACUGCUUUUAUGCUUUUCCUCUGGCUAUCAUAAGCAAAGUCCUGAAGAAACUUAUCCUCGGGAGAGCGAUUCUCAUCCUCAUUGCUCCCCACUGGCCCAGAAGACCGUUGUUCACUGAUCUGGUGUGGUCUCCUGUGUCAGGGACCAGUCCUGUACCCGGACCCAGACUGGGCAUCACUGCACAGUGCCGCCACCUCUGCGACCUUCUCUGUCAAUGCCCCCCUGCAGGUAAUUUGCCAGGCAGCUACCUGGUCCUUGGCCACUUCUUUCAUCAAGCACUACAAGAUCGCUUCCUUCCAUUGCGCCCAGGCAGCAUUGGGCUGUACAUUUCUGCAGCAGGUGGUCUGAACAUCCGCUUCCCUCCUUCUCUGUUACUUCUGCUUGGGCAUGUCCCUCUAUUUGAGGAUGACCUAUGUUACUCCAGAAAAGGAAACAUUGGUCUUACCUGAAAAGGGUUCUUUUUUGCAGUAAUUGGAAGUCAUCUGACCCUCCCACAGAUGUUUUUUAACUCUACGACUCUCCUGAUGCCCUGUUGAGGGGGGAUUGCCAGGUCAACUCUCAGGGUAUAAGAGUUUUUUUCUGUCCUCCUCUUCACCUGUUGACUUGUGUGUCAGCUAUGUUUGUAUCUUGUAUCACCAUUAUCUAGGUCUCUACAUCUCUCAUGUACACUGUGUACUUUGGCGCGACAGUCCAGAACUGGGAAUUUGCCACCACCUAGUUUCUUCUGGAAAUUCUGCUUUUGAACCAAAUCCUGUCUCUUCCUGAGGACACCCUCUAUUCAAGGAUGACCUCCAUUACUGCGAAAAAGAACCCUUCACAGGUCAGACCAUCAGACCAAUGAUUCUUUCUCCUGCUGCCUUAGUAAAUGGUUGCAAGUUUGUGACCUGGUCUGCCUGAGGAGCCGGUUCUAGCUGAUUUAAUCUUCUCCUAACCAAGCAAGAACAAACACCAAAGUGUGUCCUGAUCCCUUUUCUGCAGCCAGCUCACCAAACCACCCUCAUAGCUGUGUCUUGAACCCUUUCCGAGCCAGAGGAAAACUCCAAGACUGGGUUGAUGAUGGCUGCUGGAGCUAAAGCAUGACCUUGCCCUUUUCGUGAGGACACUUAGCCAACCUCGCACCUCUGACCCGACACUCUUCCUACUCUGCUGAAACCUGGCAGAUGCAUGGUAGACUUGGGGCCUUUUCCCAGGCAUAAGCCCCCUCUGCUUUUGUUUUCAUUUGUAGAUGAGGGCACAAUCUUCUCCCUACCGUUUUCUUCCCACCAACGUAGUGGUGGUCCUCCCACCCGUACUUCAUAGUAUGGGCUUUCCCCCACCACUUUCUAGCUCCAGGUUGUGGGUGUGUGUACCUGGAAUGGCCAUUGGCUGGAGGAGGAGGGUCAGCCACUGGGAGGUACUUUAGGAUGACUGACAGGGAAGAGGGCCCUUCAGAGUCAGUGAUGUGGGAAUCCCUGGCACCUUGAGCCCUGUUCAGGCAGACAGCUUUGCCAUGCUGCCACUGCAGGGCCCCUUUUUAUAGUCAGGAGGUUGACUUCAGCCACAUCACCUUCCUAAAGGAGAUGGCAUUUUGCCAGGUGCCUGCUUUUGACCAGGCCACUGCUAUACAAGUACCAGGUCUCAGUCACCACAACACAGUCUUUUUGUGGUUUUGGCUGGGCCCCUCUCCACAGACUACCAUCUUUCCCAGUUGCCUGGCCUUGGCUGGAUCAGUACAGGAAGGGCUGCUGCACCUGUCCUAAACCAUAAUGUGAGCAGCACUGCACUAGGCUACUGGCCUUGACCAUGCUCUGCUACAAGAAUUUCUUUCCCUGCUUCUGCCUUUCUGACUUUGACCAUGGCACCUUUUGAGCCCUGCCUGGAGUAGGCCAUUUUUAGACCUGCAUGCAGUGACCCACCCACCUUCCCUUCCGGUGACGAGUUCAUUGCUAGCUGAGUGAUCAGCAGAACCUUGGUUGCUUGGAGGCAGCCCCAUUGCCACCAGGUAACCACCACUCCUCCCUGCUGUGUUUGGCAGCAGAGUACCCUUCCCUUUUCCUGACUGUAAGUAUCUUCAGGGAAGAAGAGUGGCAUUCUGUAGAUGGGAAGGGUAUCCUGAGAAUCUGCCUUUGCAAGACUCAGCCCCUCAGGCAGCCCCUCUACCUAUUCAUCACAUUGUCUAAUGUAAAAUCGGCAGCACCAUAGUUCUCCAUGGUACUUACAGAAUGGACUGGAAAAUUAUUACAUUGUAUCCAUGGAGGGCUUUAUGAUAAUAAUGAUGUGGGUGUUAGGGAUGUGCAUGAACCGGGUGGUUCGAAGCUCAAAGGCAGCGGGGGUUGCACUUUAAGGGCGAGGGUGCACUUUAAGGGCGGGGGAGGAUGCACUCACCCCUCUCUCCGCCUUUGCACCGCUGGCACCCGGUACUUCUUGAAUCCUACGGGGCGGCAGCGUACUUCCCUGCCGCCCUGUUCGCUCUUCGGCCGGAAGUAGCUG